GUAUACAAAAUUUUGGCUUAGAAAAGUCUUCUUCUUCUUCCUCUUAGUUGAAGCCGCCUGCAGUCCAAAGCGUUCAUCUUGCCGCCGAUCCCAAUCCGCCGGUUCUCUUCAGGCAAUGUCUUCGUCUCCUCAGCUUUCGGAUGCCCCAGAAGUGAAAUCGAGCCAACAAGAUGGCAAGACCCCGGAUUCGGAGGAACCCAAAAUCGUUGAAGAUAAAGGUGAGAUCAAUGCAGGUGAUUCUGUAAACGAGAAGGAGGAGGCUGGGGAAGAAGAGGAGGAAGAGGAAGGAGAAUGUGGGUUUUGCCUGUUUAUGAAAGGAGGUGGUUGCAAGGAGAGCUUCAUUGGGUGGGAGAAUUGCAUAGAAGAGGCUGAGAAGAAGAAUGAAGAUAUAGUCGAGAAAUGUUUUGAGGUCACAACAGCUCUAAAGAAAUGUAUGGAAGCUCAUAGUGAUUAUUAUGAGCCUAUUCUCCAUGCUGAGAAGAGGGCAGAAGAGGAAGCUGUCAAUGAAUUACAAAGAGAGAAACAAGCCAAGACUUCUUCUGAAGAAGAUCAACAGGUUGAUUCGAAAAACCCAGAAUAACUAUACAAUCAAGAUGUUAGUUUUGCCCAUUUUUCCUGGUUCUGGAGAAUACUGAGCAAGUUUUGUUACAGAGAUUAAUUAUAUACUUCCAAAGGUAAUUGAAGUAAUUGAGAUGUUAUGUCAUUAUUGACCAAUAAGAAUAUUGGAUUGAUCACAUUUUCACAUUCAAAAUUGUUAUGGGAAUGGAGUCCUAUUUGGUUCA